AUUCCCAGCAACCUCUCCCACCCAUUACCUCUUGCUGUGAAAACAGGGUAAGUUAUGCAUGCUUCUUUCAUUUCACUGUUUUCAUACGUUUCCUUCCUAGUUUCAAAAACAACUCUCCCUCAACAAGUUCUGUUUGCAAGAAAAACCUUAACCAUUUGUCCCCUCUGGCGUACCUUCUUCCAUUGAGAUCCAUGCAGAAUAGACCAGAGAUGGGCAGCAGUGAGCCCCUUCCCAUCGUGGAUAGUGACAAGAGGAGGAAGAAGAAGCGCAAGACCCGGGCCACUGACUCUCUGCCAGGAAAGUUUGAAGAUAUGUACAAGCUGACCUCUGAGUUGCUGGGAGAGGGAGCCUAUGCCAAAGUCCAGGGUGCUGUGAGCCUGCAGACUGGCAAAGAAUAUGCUGUCAAAAUCAUUGAAAAGCAAGCAGGGCACAGUCGGAGUCGAGUAUUCCGUGAAGUGGAGACGCUAUAUCAGUGUCAAGGAAACAGGAACAUUUUGGAGCUGAUUGAAUUCUUUGAAGAUGACACACGGUUUUACUUGGUCUUUGAGAAAUUGCAAGGAGGCUCCAUCCUCGCACACAUCCAGAAGCGGAAGCACUUCAACGAGCUAGAAGCCAGCAGAGUGGUGCGGGACGUUGCCACUGCCCUUGACUUCCUGCACACUAAAGGCAUUGCUCACCGUGAUCUGAAGCCAGAAAAUAUACUGUGUGAAUCUCCAGAAAAGGUGUCUCCAGUGAAAAUUUGUGACUUUGACUUGGGCAGUGGGGUGAAACUGAACAACUCCUGCACACCCAUAACCACACCAGAGCUGACAACUCCAUGCGGCUCUGCAGAGUAUAUGGCACCUGAGGUGGUGGAGGUCUUUAGGGAUGAAGCCACUUUCUAUGACAAGCGCUGUGACCUAUGGAGCCUGGGUGUGGUCCUCUACAUCAUGCUGAGUGGCUACCCCCCCUUUGUAGGUCACUGUGGGGCUGACUGUGGCUGGGACCGGGGAGAGGUUUGCAGGGUGUGCCAGAACAAGCUAUUUGAGAGCAUCCAGGAAGGCAAAUACGAGUUUCCCGACAAGGACUGGGCUCAUAUCUCCAAUGAGGCCAAAGAUCUCAUCUCUAAGCUCCUGGUUCGAGAUGCGAAGCAAAGACUCAGCGCUGCCCAAGUUCUUCAGCACCCGUGGGUACAAGGGCAAGCUCCAGAAAGGGGACUCCCCACGCCGCAAGUCCUCCAGAGAAACAGCAGCACCAUGGACCUGACACUCUUUGCAGCUGAGGCCAUUGCCCUUAACCGCCAGCUGUCUCAGCAUGAGGAGAAUGAACUGGCUGAGGAACCUGAGGCCCUUGCUGAGGGCCUCUGCUCCAUGAAGCUGUCCCCUCCUUCCAAAUCUCGCCUGGCACGAAGGCGAGCCCUGGCCCAGGCUGGACGAGGCAGCCAUGCAAACGCAUGUUCAACACCUAUGGGGCUCUGAAGGACUGCAGGCACAUCUUGUAGGCCUGUCCAGGCAAUGCCCCCUGGAAACCUGUGAGGUCAAAGUAUGAAGCAAGCAGAGGGACCUGCCCCGCAGCUCCAAGCAGGCCUUUUCCAUCCACAAAGGCUCCGUGGGUUCCCACCCAUCCCCCAUUUCCCUUGGGUCCUUAGAGGAAAAAGCUUUUUCCAAAGGGGUUGUCUUUGAAAAGGAAAGCAAUCACUUGUCAUUUUGCAUAAUCGCCUGCAGCAGGAACAUCUCUUCGCUGGGCCCCAAGUGCUCCCUGUGUGCAGAUCCCGGAUCCAGCUUGCGGUGGGGGCUGCUGGGGCUGCAGCCUUCAGGGAGCCAGCGUCCGGGAGCUGACAGAGGCUGCCGACACA